AUGGCGCCCGGCUUGCUACUGUUUGUAUGCCUGUUGUCCAUCGGCUAUGCCCCCGCUGGCAUUGCCGGCACUGAUUGUCUCGACCCCGACGAUAUCAAGUGUGAAGGUAGUGGAGAAUGUCUCCCGUCUUGGGUCCUCUGUAACGGUUACAAUGAUUGCCCAGACGGUUCAGAUGAGGAAGAUUGCUGGAGGAUAGAAUGUCCCUUCUCCGAUGAUUUCAGGUGUACAGGUAAUGGAAGAUGUCUCUCCCGCUUUAAGCAGUGUGACGGUAAUGUGGAUUGUCCAGACAGAUCGGACGAGGGUUGCCGAGAGUGUCCCUACCCUGACGAUAUCAAGUGUGAAAGUGUCAGGCAGUGCAUCCGUGCACCUUUCGCCUGUAACGGUUACGUUGAUUGUCUAGAUGGCUCGGACGAAGAAGAUUGCUGGAACAAAGAGUGCUACAGACCUGACGAUUUCCGGUGCAAAAGUAACGGUUUAUGUGUCAAUCGACAUUUCCUAUGUAACACUCAGCGUGAUUGUGCAGACGGUUCAGAUGAGGAAGACUGCUUGAGCAAAGAGUGUGCAGACCCCAACGAUUUCAAGUGCGUGAGUAACGGAGUAUGUAUGGAACGAUGGCAACAAUGUAACGCUGAGCGCGACUGUCCGGACGGUUCAGAUGAGGAAAAUUGCUCGAGCAGAGAGUGUCCCAACUCCGAGAAUUUUAGGUGUGAACGUAGUGGAGCAUGUGUCUCUAUCUGGUGGAAUUGUGACGGUAGCGUUAACUGUCCGGACGGUUCAGAUGAGGAAGAUUGCUGGAGCAAAGAUUGUCCGAACGCCGAGGAUUUCAGGUGUGAAAGUAACGGACUAUGUGUCGAUCAACUGCUCCAAUGUAACGCUGAGAUUGACUGUCCGGACGGCUCAGAUGAGAAAGAUUGCCGGAGCAAAAAUUGCCCCAACAGCUUUCUCAAGUGUGACAGCGGAACGUGUUACCCUCCAGAAAAACAAUGUGACGGUAACGUGGACUGUCCAGUAGACGAUACAGACGAGAGAUUUUGCACACCGGAUGACUGCCCCUUGCCAAACAUUUUCUGUGGACUCGGUUUCUGCAUCAAUGAGACGAGGCGCUGCGAUGGAGUUGCCGACUGUCCAGACCGGUCUGACGAGAGUGACUGUAUGUGCACCAGUAUGGAGUUCCGAUGUGAAGACAGCGGCGGCUGUGUCAAACCGUCUGGAGUGUGCGAUGGUGUCACCGACUGUGACGACGGCUCGGACGAGAUGCUGUGUCAGACCUGUGCAGAGAAGGGACUGUGGCAGUGUGAAAGCGGCGAAUGCAUCCAGAACGCCACGGUGUGUGACGGAGACAAGGACUGCUCUUCUGGGGCAGACGAAGAGAACUGCCCUGCUCCCUGCCAUGAUCUCCAGUUGGAGUGUGACGGGGGAUGUCUGCCGAGGUACCGUGCCUGUGACGGGGUGGAGGACUGUUCCAACGGAGAGGACGAGAUUGACUGUACAGCCGGAGGUUGUGGUGCUGGGCAGUUCUCCUGUGCGGAUGGUACCUGCCUGUCAGAGUCUCGGCUGUGUGACGACCUGACGGACUGCAGUGGAAGGGAGGAUGAGGACUGUGGAGAUGAUCCACCUCCAGGAUUCCCGCUUGGUUUGGCCAGUUGGUACAUUCCCGAUGUUGACGUCACCGGCAGUUCCGAGUACAAACCGGAGUUUGGCCCAUCCCAGACUCGGUACACGACCACGUCAGGAUACUGCUGGGUACCACGUUCUGUGGAGGACCAAUGGCUUCAGGUUUACUUUGGUAAGACGACUGACGUGACCGGGGUGGUGAUCAGUGGAGGUGGCUGGAACUGGGACCUGGGCAGCUGGGUGACGUCAUUCACCCUGGCCUUCAGCAUGGACGGUGCUUCGUGGGCACCAUACACAGGCAACAGCAACGAUGUGCAGGUUUUCCAAGGAAACCGAGACCGGUACAACAAAGUGAGUCGUCCUCUCCCAGCUCCUGUGACGUCACGCUUCAUCCGUCUGUACCCAGCAGGCUAUGCAGGCUGGGUUGCCAUGGUGAUGGAAGUCUACGUCAUAAACGAUGAAAACACUUGGUUGAAGCAAGGCGAGUACGUCACAUUGGGUGUCGGACUUAAUCCCGACGAUCCAGCUGCGGUUCCGAAGAUUCCAGACCUCGACAUGACCGCUUCGUCGCGAGGGGACGACUUCUACCCAUGGCAGGCACGUCUGAACAAUGGGAAGGGACAGCAGCAGGGAGCAUGCUGGUCUCCGGACAUGACCACAGACCAAUCGACACAGGGUCCCCCUGAAGGGUUUCCAGGUCCAGGCUUGGGCACGGGCCAGUGGCCACAGGGACCUGAAGGGUUUCCGGACUCGGGCCAGUGGCCACAGGGACCUUCUGACGGGUUUCCGGACAUGGGCACGGAUCAGUGGCCACAGGGACCUGUUGACGGGUUUCCAGACAUGGGCACGGGCCAGUGGCCACAGGGACCUGUUGACGGGUUUCCAGACAUGGGCACGGACCAGUGGCCACAGGGACCUGUUGACGGGUUUCCAGACAUGGGCACGGGCCAGUGGCCACAGGGACCUGUUGACGGGUUUCCGGACAUGGGCACGGACCAGUGGCCACAGGGACCUGACGGGUUUCCGGCUCCAGACUCGGGCCAAUGGCCACAGGGACCUUCUGACGGGUUUCCUGGUCCAGACUCGGGCCAAAGCACAGAUGAGUGGCUGCAGAUUAAGCACGACAAAUUUUACGAAGUCGCCGGUGUGAUCACCCAGGGGGCGUACAACCUGGACUACUGGGUGACGUCCUACAAGCUGGAGUUCAGCCUGGAUGGACAGACAUGGACACCGUACACACACGGCACCGGGGACGGUCAGGCAAUGGUGUUCCAAGGAAACAGCGACAGUCAUCGCUAUGCUCGCAACCUGCUGGACACCCCAGUUCAUGCACUCUACACUCGCUUCUACCCACUCACCUUCCACAAGAGGGUUGCACUGAGGGUCGAGAUCCUCGUCAUAGAUGGUUCUGGGUGUGAUGUCUUCUGUAACGGGGCAUGUCGAAACAAGGACAGUUUCUGUCAGGCUUUCCGUGGAUGUGUGCCUCGGAUCUAUCAGUUUGCACCGGACAACAUUCUCUGCGAAGACAUACUGGAGGCAGAGUGUGGCCUGGACUCGCCUACAGAGUUGGAAGUGUUCGGAUGCCCGGAAAUCGACAGCCAGUUCAUUCCGUGUGGAGAUGACGUCAGCUCUGAAGUGUUCCACGAAAGCCAGGCUUGUGACGCCAUGGAAGACUGCUCCACAGGGAAGGACGAGGAAAACUGUGACGUGUGUGCGAUGGAAUGCCCGACCUAUAUCGGAGACCCCUGCAUUUCUCACCACUGGAUCUGUGAUGACCUAGAGGACUGUACGGAUGGGAGGGACGAAGAGGAUUGUGUGGAAGGAGUACCCAAGCACUGCUUCUUCACCUGCCGUGACAACGUCACCUGUCUGCCGACCCGUCAGCUGGGGGACGGGCAGCAGGACUGCGCAGGCGGGGAGGACGAAAGGCCCGGGGACGUUGAAUUCGCUCUGGGGCUCAGGUGGGGCUCCUGUAGCCUCAGCUGUUCGUCCGUCCACGGUAACGCGUCAUGCGUUCCUGACGCGUUCAGCUGCGACGAUGAUGUAGACUGUCGUGGAGGGGAGGACGAACAGGACUGCAGCGUCAUCGGACGUGGGUUAGGGGACGAGGAGACAACAGAUGAUUGCCUGACGGUGACCUGCGACCUGCCCGGGUACGCUGACCCGAUCUGCGUGCCGCCGCACCAGAUCUGUGACGGCUACCCGGACUGUGUGGGAGCGCAGGACGAGGUGGGGUGCGGCAAGGUGGACGGCGCGUCCGCUCCUACCGCGCCGAGCGUCGGUCUGCAAGCUCCCGCCGCGGGUCAAGAAGCGACCGGGGAGCCCACAGGCGGCCAAGAACCACUGACCGCCCAGCCGACAAGUGGUCAAGGAUCGCCCGAUGACCAACGAGCCGGAGCGUUCCAGGGCGAGAACCAUGGGUCGAAGGACCAGGCCAUGAUUUGGAUGGUCACCGCUGCACUGGGCAGUCAGAUUCUGUAUCGCCUGGCUUUCUAG